GCCCGGCAAGUAUCUGAUGAUGUUGUCGAGACUGUCGUUUAGGGCUGAAACCGUUCAUCGAGUACAGUGCUGUGGAAAAGAGGCGGCGGGCGACGCCUCGGAGGCCGCCGACACGCUGACCGGCUCCGGGGACGAGGACAACGGGCGGCAGCUGGGCGAGGUGGAGCUGCAGUGCGCCUUGUGUACCAAGUGGUUCACCGCCGACACCUUCGGCAUCAGCACCACGUCCUGUCUGCCCUUCAUGACCAACUACGUGUUCCACUGCAAUGUCUGUCACCACAGCGGCAACACCUACUUCCUCAGGAAACAAGCCAACCUGAAGGAGAUGUGUCUGACGGCGCUGGCCAACCUGACCUGGCGGUCCAGGAGUCAAGACGAGCAUCCCAAGACCAUGUUCUCCAAAGACAAGGACAUCAUUCCCUUCAUCGACAAGUAUUGGGAGUGCAUGACGACCCGACAGCGACCCGGCAAGUUGACGUGGCCCAACAACAUCGUGAAGACCAUGAGCAAAGAGCGAGACGUUUUCCUGGUGAAGGAACAUCCCGACCCUGGCAGUAAAGACCCCGAGGAGGACUACCCCAGGUUUGGGCUGCUGGACCAGGACCUGGGUACCAUCGGCCCCUCGUACGACUCCCAGAAACAGUCGGCCGUCGCGCCCGCCGCCGGGGGCCUCAACGGUGGAUCCUCGUACUCAGGUGCUCUGGCUCCGGUGGCGGCCAAAGGCAGAGGAGCCAAGCGUAAGCAGCAGCAGCAGCAACAGCAAGAGGGCGCCACAGCGGGAGCCACCAAAAGGACCCGCAGCGACCCGCUGUUCUCGGCCCAGCGCCUGCCCCCUCACGGCUACCCUCUGGAGCACCCCUUCAACAAAGACGGCUACCGCUACAUCCUGGCCGAGCCGGACCCGCACGCCCCCGACCCGGAGAAGCUGGAGCUGGACUGCUGGGCCGGCAAGCCCAUCCCGGGCGACCUGUACCGGGCGUGUCUGUACGAGCGCGUUCUGCUGGCGCUGCACGACCGAGCGCCCCAGCUGAAGAUUUCCGACGACCGUCUGACGGUGACGGGCGAGAAGGGCUACUCCAUGGUGCGCGCCUCGCACGGCGUGCGCAAGGGCUCCUGGUACUUCGAGGUUUCCGUGGAGGACAUGCCGCCCGACACGGCCGCCCGGCUGGGCUGGUCUCAGCCUCUCGGUAACCUGCAGGCGCCGCUGGGCUACGACAAGUUCAGCUACUCGUGGCGCAGCAAGAAGGGAACGCGCUUCCACCAGUCCGUGGGCAAGCGCUACUCCACGGGCUACGGCCAAGGAGACACUCUGGGCUUCCUCAUCGAGCUGCCCGACCGCACCGAGACGGCCCGAGCGCUGCCCGACACCUACAAGGACAAGGCGCUCAUCAAGUUCAAAAGCUACUUGUACUUUGAGGAGAAGGAUUACGUGGACAAAGCUGAGAAGAGCCUGAAGAUCAUGAGCCCCAGCAGGAUGGUGUUCUACAAGAACGGUGCGAGCCAAGGUGUGGCUUUCAAGAACCUGUUUGAAGGAAUCUACUUCCCGGCCAUCUCCCUCUACAAGAGCUGCACGGUGUCCGUCAACUUCGGUCCGCACUUCAAACACGCCCCCAAGGACGUCACCUUCCAGCCGGUAAGCGUCCCCGCCUCGCAAACGCCGCCGCCAUCCCUCGUUUCCGACACUUCCUGUUUCUCCGCAGAUGAGCGACAUGGGCUGGGGCGCCGUAAUCGAGCACACGCUGGCCGACGCGUUGUACCACGUGGAGACGGAGGUGGACGGGCGCCGCAGCCCGCCCUGGGAGGGAUGAACGAGCGACCCGCGCGCACGCACCCGUGGAAACGGGCAACUCCUUAUCUUUAUUUGGACUAUUCACUCACGGUAGCAGACAGGAAGUUCAGUUCGUUCAGGUUCCCAACCUUAACCGAAACGUACAAUAAAAGUCCAUACACGGGUUAAUUAUGUCCCUUCUGCCCUCUAGUGGAAGAGGGUUUAAUUGUUCUGCCUGUCACUAUACUGGGAUACAGAGCUGAACAUCCAUCCAUUAUUUGCAGUUCGUAAACCAAUUAAGUGAAAUUGGAUCAUUUCCUGCACACUGGUUGGGAAUCACGAAAUGAGAUUCAAAUUUCAAAAACGGAUACAAUAAUGUCUAAGCAAAUGUUCUCAACUUGGCCAACAUUUCUUUCGCUUUGAUUAUUGAUUGACAGGCAGCACGACGCAACACUCUUAAUGCCAUGUUGUGUGUCGCGUUCGAGUCCCACGUGCUGCAUCCACUGCUCCUUCUCUUGUACACUUGUUUUUUGUUUUUUUUAAUGGACUGAAAUAAAAAUAGGCUACAUGGACAA